AGAAUUUUUUUAUUUAUGCGACAUCUAUAAUUUAAAGUUAUAUUCCUUUUUUUCCUCUUUUUUUCUUUGAUUGUGUUGUUUUAUUUGGCGGCACCUACUACUUUAGUCAUUUCCGCACGAUUUUUUAGUACAAACAACAAUAGAAAUUAUCCAUUGCUAUAAUAUUAUAAGCUUAUAACAUGUCUUCCAAUGAUAAAAAGUUAUCAAAGGAACAUCCUCGAAAUUUGAUACCUGAAUUAUGUCAGCAAUUUUAUCAUCUAGGAUGGGUUACUGGUACCGGUGGGGGUAUAUCCAUCAAGCAUGAAGACAAAAUCUAUAUAGCUCCAUCAGGUGUACAAAAAGAACGAAUAAAUCCAGAUGACAUAUUUGUUCAAGAUAUAAAUGGAAAAGAUUUAGAACUACCUCCAGCUGAGAAAAAGUUGAAAAAAUCACAAUGUACUCCACUAUUUAUGUGUGCAUAUCUUAGAAGAAAUGCUAGUGCAGUCAUUCAUACUCAUUCUAAAGUAGCUUUGAUGGUUACUUUAUUAUGGCCUGGAAAAGAAUUUCGAGUCACACAUCUUGAAAUGAUUAAAGGUAUAAGAAAUCAAAAGCUAGGGAGAGCCUAUCGUUAUGACGAAGAGUUAGUGGUACCUAUAAUAGAGAAUACACCUUUUGAAGAAGAUUUAAGAGAAGAAUUAGAUAAAGCAAUCAUUGAAUAUCCAGAAACUUGUGCAGUUUUAGUACGUAGACAUGGUGUUUAUGUUUGGGGUGAUACUUGGCAACAAGCUAAAACAAUGACUGAAUGUUAUGAUUACUUAUUUGAUGUUGCCAUACAAAUGAAACAGUGUGGUCUUAAUCCAAUAGCAACUCCAGCAGAGUAUGAACUCCAUUAUCAAACUAAUGAAUUAAAAAUAUCAUAAAAUAAUAAGAGAAUGCAAAUAAUAAUUAUUUU